GCAACUAAGUUGGAAUGAUGAGUUAUCAAAAAGGCCUCAAGGAUCCAAAUUUGGACAGACACACCAGUAAAGCUAAAUCUCGUCACUUUACGGUGAACGGGCUCAGUGCCAAUAACACGCUUCAGCAGCAGCAGCAGCAGCACCAGCAACAGCAGCAGCAAUUUAACCUGCAGCCAUCGUCGAAUGACAGUCGCAAUAUCUACAACAACCCCUACAUUCCACCUCAGCAGCAGCCACUGCAGCAGACGCAGACGCAGCAGCAGCGAACUGCGCACCUUUUCAAGGCCUUGGCUGCCUCUGCUGCCGGAAGCAACAGUCUCACCCAUCCCUACGACUUCUCCAACUCGUCGUCCUCCUCCAACGCCAAUAAUGACCACCAGGGAUCAUCGUCUUCGGAAGCGGAGAACGCCUUUCUAACUCAUAAUAACGAGAUGGGCCGUAGGUCGAGCAGACGCCGCCAGUUAUGCAAUAAAAAUCAUUAA